UUUUUAGUUUAAAAGAUUCACCUUAAAAAAUAAACACUUCUAUUUCAUCACUCCAUUUCCACCUAUCUCUAUCCAAAAACAAAAAAGCUACCAUCUUUUUUCUGCAAAUCAAACAAAACAAUAAUGGGGUUGCAAAGAAAGAUCAUCAACUGUAAAACCCUUAAAGAUUUCAUAAAUUCUAAGUGGGUUUCAUCAAAUCUUGUUUCUCACCGGCGGUUUUCAUCUGAUCUUUCUUCUCUCCGCCGGGUUUCGUCGGUGCAGCCGCCGGAGAUACCUCCAUUUGAUUAUCAGCCGGUCCCAUAUAAAGGACCAUUAGCUGAUGAAGUAUUUGAAAAGAGAAAGAAGUAUCUUGGCCCUUCUCUUUUUCACUACUACCAAAAGCCUCUCAAUAUAGUUGAAGGGAAGAUGCAAUAUUUAUUUGAUGAGAAUGGGAGGCGUUAUCUUGAUGCAUUUGCUGGGAUAGUUACAGUUUCAUGCGGUCACUGCCAUCCUGAAAUUUUACAUGCUAUACAAGAGCAAAACAAGCUUCUUCAACAUGCUACAACGAUAUAUUUGCACCAUGCAAUUGGUGAUUUUGCAGAGGGAUUAGCAGAAAAGAUGCCUGGAAAUCUGAAGGUAGUGUAUUUUGUAAAUUCUGGCACGGAAGCAAAUGAACUAGCAAUGCUAAUGGCACGACUAUACAGUGGUAACCUAGGGAUGAUUGCCUUGAGAAAUGCAUACCAUGGUGGAAGUGCAGGUACGAUUGGCUUGACAGCUUUGAAUACAUGGAAGUACCCUAUACCACAGGGUGAAAUUCAUCAUGUUGUAAAUCCAAACCCCUAUCGUGGUGUCUUUGGCUCGGAUGCUAAUCGGUAUGCUCAAGAUGUACAAGAUCACAUUGACCAUGGUACUUCGGGAAGAGUUGCUGGUUUUAUUUCUGAAACCAUUCAGGGAGUUGGAGGAGCAGUUGAAUUGGCCCCGGGUUACUUAAAGUUAGUUUAUGACAUGGUACGUAAAGCGGGUGGAGUUUGCAUUGCUGAUGAAGUUCAAACUGGAUUUGGCCGCACUGGAAGUCAUUACUGGGGUUUUCAAACACAGGAUGUGAUUCCUGAUAUUGUCACCAUGGCAAAGGGAAUUGGAAAUGGUUUACCCUUGGGAGCUGUAGUUACGACUCCUGAAAUAGCACAAGUACUGUCCCAAAAAAUUCAAUUUAACACCUUUGGAGGGAACCCUGUGUGCUCGGCUGGUGGACUUGCUGUCCUUAGAGUUCUUGAUAAGGAAAACCGUCAAAAACAUUGUUCUGAUGUUGGUUCCCAUUUGAACGGGCGAUUGAAAGAUCUUCAACAAAAAUAUGAAAUAAUCGGAGAUGUGAGAGGGAGGGGGUUGAUGGUUGGCAUUGAGCUCGUGACUGACCGGAAAGAGAAAACUCCUGCUAAGGCCGAAACUGCAAUUUUAUUUGAAACACUACGAGAGCUCGGGGUUCUAGUUGGCAAAGGUGGAUUGCAUGGGAAUGUUUUCAGAAUAAAACCGCCCAUGUGCUUCAACAAAGAUGAUGCAGAUUUUUUGGUUGAUGCCUUGGAUUAUUCAAUCUCAAAGCUGUGAGAUUGUGUCGUGGGGAACUCAAUCCUAUGAAGCUUGAGUCAUGUGAUCUUCAUGCCAAACACCAGUUAUUGAGACGUUUGGGGUUCUUUUAACUUGGUAAGUGUAAUGGGUCUAGUUGAUACCUGGCUUUAUGGGUUGUAUUACAGAUCCUAUAUUUGUUUCAUUAGGUUGUCCUUUCGUAGCCAAAUACACUUGGCUAGCCUGUAAUUUUCUGUUUUACUCAAAUUUAAUCACAUAGAAAUGAUGUUGUUUCACUCCAAACGAUAAUAAUUGGGGCCUCAAGCCAUUGUUCUAUUGGCAUUAUGGUUAAGAUGACCCGUGGUUCCAAGAAAAGAGUGAAAACAAGUAAUUUGUUGCAACGAA